AUGUCGCAACAGGAGAGCGCCCUCGUGUUAAUAACCAUGAUGAUGAUCGCCAUCAUGCUAUCAUCCUCUCAAGCUCUAUCCAUAUUCAUUCCUUCCCAACAACAACGCCCGCCAACUGUCAUUCCAGAACCAUCCUCUAAACCUCUACUCCCAGUCCUUCUCAUGCACGGAGUAACUGUGGACAACAACUCAAUGACCUAUCUCCGUGACUUUAUUCUCGAAUCGAAUCCUGGCACCAUUGUAUUAUCAUUACCGUGUGAAGAUCGAUUGGGUUCUCUAUUUCACCCCAUGGCCGAACAAUUGGAAUUAUUUGCACAAUUAGUCGAACAAGCAAAAGCUCAAUAUGGAUUUCGGGAUCAUCACUUGAUUUGUCAUUCACAAGGUGGGUUGUUAUGUCGAUCAUAUUUGCAAAUGUAUCCCAAACAUACGGUGAGAGUGUUUGUCUCAUUGAGUGGAGUACAAAAUGGAGAGUUUGGAAUUCCUGGAGACAAGUCAUGGGAAAUUGUGUUAAAAGAUAAAUUUCCAUUUUUGUGGAAUAUGACUGCAGAUGAAAUUUAUGCCGUGUUCUAUACAGAUGCAUUUCAGAAAUUAGUAUCCGUAGCAAACUAUUGGAAAGAUCCCUAUCACAUGGAUUCCUAUCGACAACAUUCUCAAUUUCUAGCCAUCAUGAACAAUGAUUCUACAACAGUGGACUAUGCUUCUAAAUAUCACUUUCGAGAAAAUAUGCUUCGAAUUGACAAGAUGAUACUAAAUGGAUCACCACAAGACGAAAUUAUCAAACCAUACUUUUCUGCAUUCUUUGAUUAUUACAAAUAUGACUCAUCAAGCAAUGCUCUAGUGACAGAAUCGAUGAAACUUCAAUCAUUUUACAUAAAUGAUGUGUUUGGACUGAAAACAUUGGAUCGUGAAAAACGAUUAUUUAUUCAGAGAGUCCCAAAUGUGACCCAUAAGGAAUGGAUUACCAAUCAAACAUUGUAUGAAUUAUACAUGAGACCUUUCCUGUAUUGA